ACGAGUGAGUCACUCAUAAGUCAUAACCAAUCCGACUAACUCCAAGUAUCAUCUUAGAUUCCAACAAGUUCAUGAAAUAAAUGAUUCACAAUACUCAUUUCUCAUUCGAAAAAUAGAAAGUUUCAAGCUUUUUCUCAAAUUCCGGCGGAAAAUCAAAUGAUUCUGAUUAAGGAAGAGUGAAGAAGAGUCAGAGUCAAAACAGAGUAAGAAAUGGAGAAAGAAGGGAGAGAAGGAAGCAGCUUUCAACAACCUCCAUGGAUUCCUCAGACACCCAUGAAGCCAAUUUCUCCGAUCUGCCCAUACACGGUGGAGGAACAAUCUCAUCGGAGUCAAGUGGAGGAAAGGAGAUUUGUUGGGAACAAGGACAUGAGUGGUCUUGAUCACUUGUCUUUUGGGGAUUUGCUGGCUCUAGCUAACACUGCAUCACUGAUAUUCUCUGGUCAGACUCCAAAACCUACAACUAACACAGAGAUGCUGCAAAAAGGUAUUGAAGAAGUGGAGAGUUUGAGCUCAGUGAGUAACAAUGUUGCUGACCAGAUCCUCAAGACUCCUGAAAAACCAAAGAGGAAGAAGCAUAGACCAAAGGUUGUUAGAGAAGCUAAACCCAAGAGGGAGCCUAAACCACGAACUCCGAGGAAAUCUGUUGUUGCUGAUGGUCAAGAAACCAAAACGCCAAAGAGGAAAUAUGUGCGGAAGAAGGUGGAAGUCAAUAAGGAUCAAGUGUCUACUCCGGUUGAAUCAUCAGCAGCUGUAGAAACUUCAACUCGUUCUAAGAGGCUUUGUAGACGAGUCUUGGAUUUUGAAGCCGAAACCGGAGAAAACCAGUCCAACAGUGACAUUAGACAAGCAGGUGAGAUGGAAUCAACUCUUAAAGAGAAGCAGUUAAAUUCUGGGAAUCAAGACUUAAAGGAUUGCUUUCUCUCGGCGCCUAGCACGCCCAAGAGAAAGCGCAGCCAAGGUAAAAGAAAGGGAAUUGAACCAAAGAACAAUGACAGUAACCUAGAAGAAGUUGAUAUUUCGAUGGCACAAGCUGCAAAGAGAAGACAAGGAAAAGAACCAACUUGUGGUGACAUAAAUCUAUCAGGGAUUCAGUACGAUGAGCAAUGUGACUACCAGAAGAUGCAUUGGUUGUAUUUCCCGAACUUGCAACAGGAAGGGAUUAGAUCUGAUGCCAUCUGCAGCAAAGCAUUCACUGGACAACUACACAAAGAUGUUUCUGCCUUUCACGCUAAGUGCUACAGUUCAACAUCUCAGCCCAGUGCUAAUAGAGUCCUAACAAUUGAAGAAAGACGUGAAGGUAUCUUUCAAGGAAGGCAAGAGUCUGAGUUCAGUGUUCUCUCGGAUAAGAUAGACACGCAGAUAAAGAAGAGAACAGGCCAUGCUCGUUUCCGGAAUUUGUCUUCCAUGAAUAAACUUGUGGAAGUUUCUGAGCAGUUAUCCUCAGGAUAUUAUAGCAAGCCACAGCAAAAUAAUAAGAUUCUUGUUGAUACACGGGUGACUGUGAGCAAAAAGAAGCCAACCACUAAGUCUGAGAAAUCACAAACCAAACAGAAAACUCUUCUUCCAAAUCCUUGCCAGUUUCCAGCUUCAUUUUCUGGUUUUUCUCCAGAUGAACUUUGGAAACGACUUAACUCGAUCGAAGCAAUUAGUGAGCAAUUGCGUCUAUUAGACAUCAACAGGGAGAAUUCUGAAACUGCUCUCGUUCCUUACUCAAUGAGAAGCCUAGGAAACCAGAUUGUACUCUUCGGAGGUGGCGCUGGAGCAAUUGUGCCUGUGACUCCUGUGAAAAAGCGGCGUCCACGACCAAAGGUUGACCUAGACGAUGAGACAGACAGAGUGUGGAAACUGCUAUUGGAGAAUAUUAAUAGCGAGGGUAUUGACGGAUCAGACGAGCAGAAGGCGAAAUGGUGGGAGGAAGAACGUAAUGUGUUUCGAGGACGAGCAGACUCAUUUAUAGCACGGAUGCAUCUUGUACAAGGGGAUCGACGUUUUACGCCUUGGAAGGGAUCUGUCGUAGAUUCUGUUGUUGGAGUAUUUCUCACUCAAAAUGUUUCGGACCAUCUUUCCAGUUCGGCGUUCAUGUCGCUCGCUUCGGAAUUCCCAGUCCCAUUAGUACCCAGCAGAACAAGCUCGAUGCCUUCUAUUCAAAUAACGUACUUGGACUCAGAAGAAUCGAUGUCAAACCCACCCGAUCACAAUCAGAGUUCUGUUGUUUUAAAAAACACACAGCCUGAUGAGGAGAAGGAUUAUGUACAUAGCAAUGAAACCUCUAGAAGCAGUAGUGAGAUUGCCAGCUCAGCCCAUGAAUCAGUGUGCAAAACUACGGAUUCAAAGGCGAACGUGGAUUCAGAUCGAAGAGGCUCAAGUGUAGAGGAUGGUAAGACAGAUCAGAAGUGCCUAGUUCUAGACCUGUUUCCAUCUGAAGAUUCUGCACUUACAUGUCAACAUUCGAUUGUUUCUGAUGCUCCUCAACAAAAUACAGAGAGAGCAAGAUCAAGCUCAACCUCCGGGAUCAACUUGGAAGAAGAGUAUCGUACUUCCUAUAUGAAACUCCUACAGGGGGUACAAGUCUCACUAGAAGAAUCCAAUCAGAAGAAUCAGUAUGACAAUUCAAGGCAAGAAGUUGGGGUUUCAAGCAAUCCUGGAAGCUUACAAGUGUCACCAAAUAUGUCUCCUGGUGAUUGUAGCUCAGAAAUUAAGGAUUUCCAGUCACUGAAGGGGCCCACAAAAUCUUUUGAUGAUAGUAAUGAACCAUGUUGUUGCUAUCAGCAAGAUGGGGAUGUUAUGAGUGGUCAGAAACCUGAGAUGCCUGAAAGCUCGAGUAGUGUUUGUUCGACAAAACACAAAGAAAAGCUCGUGACAGAGACUUUGAUUCCAGAUAUUAAUGAAAGCACGAGUUGUCCUGAUGUCCAAGAAGGUACAGGAAAACCACUAGGUUUUGACCCAAGGUGCAAAGAGCUUAGUCCUACGGAUGAUGCUACCUUAAAAGCAAAAGGAAAAAAGGUUUUGAAGGAGAAAAAAGAAGCAUUUGACUGGGAUAGUUUAAGAAGAGAAGCACAAGGUAGAGCAGGAAUAAGAGAAAAAACAACAAGGACAAUGGACACUGUGGACUGGAAGGCAAUACGAGCAGCGGAUGUUAGUGUAGUUGCUGAAACAAUCAAGAGUCGCGGGAUGAACCAUAAACUUGCAGAACGUAUACAGGGCUUCCUUGAUCGACUGGUCGAUGACCACGGAAGUAUCGAUCUUGAAUGGUUGAGAGAUGUUCCACCCGAUAAAGCAAAAGAAUAUCUUCUGAGCUUUAAUGGUUUGGGACUAAAAAGUGUGGAGUGUGUGCGGCUUCUAACACUGCACCAUCUUGCCUUUCCAGUUGAUACAAAUGUUGGGCGCAUAGCCGUUAGACUUGGAUGGGUACCCCUUCAGCCGCUCCCAGAGUCACUUCAGUUGCAUCUUCUGGAAAUGUAUCCUAUUCUUGAAACUAUUCAAAAGUAUCUUUGGCCACGUCUCUGCAAACUCGACCAAAAAACAUUGUAUGAGUUGCACUACCAGAUGAUUACUUUUGGAAAGGUUUUUUGCACAAAGAGCAAACCUAAUUGCAAUGCAUGUCCGAUGAGAGGAGAAUGCAGGCAUUUUGCCAGUGCGUUUGCAAGUGCAAGGCUUGCUUUACCCAGUACAGAGAAAGGUAUGGAGACACCUGAUAAAAACCCUUUGCCUCUUCACCUGCCAGAGCCAUUGCAGAGAGAGCAAGGGUCUGAAGUAGUACAGCACUCAGAACCAGCAAAAAAGGUCACAUGUGAACCAAUCAUCGAAGAGCCUGCUUCACCGGAGCCAGAAAGUGCAGAAGUAUCAAUAGCUGACAUAGAGGAUGCGUUUUUUGAGGAUCCAGAAGAAAUUCCUACAAUCAGGCUAAACAUGGAUGCAUUUACCAGUAAUUUGAAGAAAAUAAUGGAACACAACAAGGAACUUCAAGACGGAAACAUGUCCAGCGCCUUAGUUGCACUUACUGCUGAAACUGCUUCUCUUCCAAUGCCUAAGCUCAAGAAUAUCAGCCAGUUAAGGACAGAACACCAAGUUUAUGAACUUCGAGACGACCAUCCUCUUCUAGUUCAUUUGGAGAAGAGAGAACCUGAUGAUCCAUGUUCUUAUUUGCUUGCUAUUUGGACGCCAGGUGAGACGGCUGAUUCUAUUCAAGCGGCUAUAAGUAAGUGUAUAUUCCAGGCAAAUGGUAAGCUUUGUGAUGAGGAGACUUGUUUCUCUUGCAAUAGCAUCAAGGAGGCGAGAUCUCAGAUUGUGAGAGGGACUAUCUUGAUUCCUUGUAGAACCGCGAUGAGGGGUAGUUUUCCUCUCAAUGGAACAUACUUUCAAGUAAACGAGGUUUUUGCGGAUCAUGCUUCCAGCCUAAACCCAAUCGAUGUCCCAAGGGAAUGGAUAUGGGACUUGCCUCGAAGAACGGUCUACUUUGGAACCUCUAUUCCUACGAUAUUCAAAGGUUUAUCAACCGAGACGAUACAGCAGUGCUUCUGGAAAGGGUACGUAUGUGUACGAGGAUUUGAUCGAACGACGAGAGGACCGAAACCUUUGAUUGCAAGAUUGCACUUCCCGGCGAGCAAACUGAAGGCAAACCAAGCUAACCUCGCCUAAUCCGUAGGCAAGCAAUCAAAUACAGCUUAUGGUUAGAGAGUGAAAGAGCACACUGUUCCAAUCUAGUUAAUGUAAGAAAGUGAAACGUAGAGUUAACAGUCCUAGAGUUGUAAAAGGUUUUUAGAUUCCAUUUUAGUUUCGUCUUAAUAUGUAUCAAAUACUACAUGUCACAAGAAACAGACCCGUAGGCCGUAGCUGAAUCUCUCUGUUUGCUUCGUUUGGUUUACAUCUGAAUUUACGGUUAGCUUUUGGUUACCUGAAUCAAGAUCUGGUUCGAUA